AUGUAUACAUCCAGGCCACUCAUUCACACCCUUUCCAUCCUUGUCUGUCCAGCCAGCCUCGAGUUUGGUCAGUCAUCAUUCACUACAACCCUUGCUCAUCUCCCAUCUUCCCCACCCUCGGUAGAGCAAGAAAUCACAUAUACUUACCACAAAGCUGACCAACACAAAUCCACACCCUCUGGCCCUCUUCCCACCGGACGGCUCAGACAAGGCUGUUACUGUCUUUAUUUGACUCCAUUCCUCCCAGUCGAACUCGAUGCCUGGUCAGACAAUCUCACUGUCCCCCGACUCCUUUUCUCCAGACCCCUCGGGCCUGUUGCAUUUCCGGCCUAUUUCGGCUCCACCCUCUGUCCGAGGCCGUUGUGCACACACCCACCUCGAUUCACAGACAGACUUGGCUGGAAGGUUAGGCUGCGACAUCUUCGCUACCCCCUGGCCACAGAUCGUGUCUCUAUCUCUCUCUCUUUCUUGAGGCAAUGCUGA